AUGAACGACGAACUCGAUGUACCCCUGCUCGUGGACACUAGCGCAGCCAGCGAAUCAGAUGAUGAAAGCCUGCCCGCGGUGCCAAUAACAAUUGUUACGGGCUAUCUUGGAAGUGGCAAGUCCACGUUGUUGAACUACCUCACCAAGGAAAACCAUGGGAAAAAGAUCGCCAUCAUCUUGAACGAGUUUGGUGACUCCGCAGAUAUUGAGCGAUCCUUGACUGUUUCUGAAAAUAACACUGAAGUGCAGGAAUGGCUUGAGCUGAAUAAUGGGUGUCUAUGCUGUACAGUCAAGGACGCUGGAGUUACUGCGAUUGAGACACUUAUGAAACGCCGCGGACGAUUCGAUUACAUCCUUUUAGAGACUACGGGUAUUGCAGAUCCGGCACCAAUAGCCAAUAUGUUUUGGCUAGACAAAGCACUGUCGUCGAGCGUUGAGCUUGAUUCUGUUGUUACUGUUGUUGAUGCAGUCAAUAUUGCCAAAUCUUUGGAGACCGGCUCGACUGCCCAGGUUCAGAUUGCCUGUGCAGACAUUGUCGUUAUAAACAAGUGCGACCUUGUAACUCCCGAGCAGUUGCAAACUGCCAAGGAAGCCGUGAGCUCUGUGAAUGCUGCCUGCAAAAUCCUUGAGACCUCGUUCGGUCGGAUCGACCCCAGCGACCUGCUCGAAGUCAAAGCGUACUCGAAAAUUGACUUCGACAGUAUCAAGCCCGUGGCUGCAAAGCAUGACAAGGAUAUUUCUACUAUUACUAUCGCAUUGAAUAUUAAAGACCAAAAGCAUUACGAGCUGAUAGAGUCGCAGCUCCAGCAUCUGCUGUGGGAGCGCGAGGUUGCGGGGAACCCGGUAGAGAUCCACCGGGCCAAGGGCCGGCUCAGUUUUGGUGGUAAGACCAAAAUUCUACAGGCAGUGCGUGAAACGUACGAACUCACAGACGUACCUUUCGAGGAGAGUGACUCCAAAAUCGUGCUUAUUGGCCGGGGUUUUGACAAGAGCAGUGAAAGCAUUGAAGCACUGUUUGCUCCCGAGUGUCUCAAACGUAAAAUUAAUCAUCUUGGUUCAUAG